AUGCUGGACCCUUCCUCAAGUGAAUCAGAGGAGGAACUGCCACCAGAAGACGACCCCUCCAUCAAAAUAGAACCCGGCAAAAAGAUUCCAAAUCCGGAGAAGGUUACCCGUGAGCCGCGCAAGCCACCUGAUAGCCCAGGUCCAGCUCCUGUAGUCGAUGACAAAAGUGAGCAUGAGCGAAUACAGAAAGAGGAAGCAGAGAGAAAAACAAAACUACAGAUCUAUGUAUUUGUGCUGCGAUGUAUAUCGUACCCUUUCAACGCAAAACAACCAACAGAUAUGGCACGUCGUCAGCAAAAGCUGAACAAGCAGCAGUUGCAAGCCGUAAAGGAGCGUUUCCAGGCCUUCCUACGUGGUGAGACACAGAUUGUAGCUGAUGAGGCUUUUUGCAACGCCAUCCGCAGCUACUAUGAGGGCUUCCUGAAGAGCGAACGUGUGGCCCGGAUGGUUCAAGGGGGCGGCUGCUCCGCCAACGACUUCCGUGAGGUCUUCAAGAACAACAUUGAGAGACGGGUGCGCAGCCUGCCUGAGAUCGACGGCCUGAGCAAAGAGACUGUGCUCAGCUCCUGGAUCACAAAGUUCGAUGCCAUCUACCGGGGCGAGGAGGACGUGCGUCGUCACGCCCACCGGGCGCACUUCAGCGCCGUGUCCGAGCUGAUCCUCAGCAAGGAGCAGCUCUACGAGAUGUUCCAGCAGAUCCUUGGGAUCAAGAAGUUUGAACAUCAGCUACUUUACAAUGCCUGUCAACUGGAUAAUGUGGACGAACAGGCAGCACAGAUCCGCAGGGAGCUGGACGGGAGGCUUCAACUAGCUGAGAAAAUAGCCAGGGAGCGGCGAUAUCCCAAGUUUGUGUCCAAUGACAUGGAGGCCAUGUAUACGGAGGAGCUCAGGUCUGCAGUCAACCUCCUCAUGGCCAACCUGGAGAGCCAGCCUGUAGCAAAGGACUUCAAGCCCAAAAUCAAGCCCAAGCUCACCCCCAUGAACAGCUUCUUGGACAUGGGUGAGGAAGGGGACCUCCCCCUGUCCAAAUCAGAUGUGGUGCUCUCCUUCACACUGGAGAUAGUGAUCAUGGAGGUGCAGGGGCUGAGGUCUGUGGCACCCAACAGGAUUGUGUACUGCACCAUGGAGGUGGAGGGCGGAGAGAAGCUGCAGACAGACCAGGCUGAGGCAUCGCGACCACAGUGGGGAACCCAGGGAGACUUCACCACAACACACCCCCUGCCCAUGGUCAAGGUGAAACUCUUUACGGAGAGCACAGGAGUGCUGGCCCUAGAGGACAAGGAGCUGGGAAGGGUGGUUCUCAACCCCACCACCAAUGGGCCCAAGGCUGCAGAACUGCAUAAGAUGGUCGUGCCUAAGAACAGCCAGGAUAGUGACCUGAAGAUUAAGCUGGCUGUGAGGAUGGACAAGCCACCCAACAUGAAGCACAGUGGGUAUCUCUAUGCACUGGGUCAACGAGUGUGGAAGCGGUGGAAAAGGCGAUAUUUUGUCCUUGUACAGGUAAGCCAGUACACGUUCGCAAUGUGCAGUUAUCGGGAGAAGAAGUCCGAGCCACAGGAAUUGAUGCAGCUGGAGGGCUAUACGGUUGACUAUUCCGAUCCACAACCAGGUCUCCAGGGUGGGCGCAUGUUCUUCAGUGCAGUCAAAGAGGGCGACCAGGUGGUGUUCGCCAGCGAUGAUGAACAAGAUCGAGUGCUGUGGGUGCAGGCCAUGUAUCGAGCUACGGGUCAGUCCUACAAGCCCGUGCCCCCCACUCAGAACCAGCGCCAGAACUGCCGUGGAGGAGGUCCGCAGAAGGACGCACCGGUCUCCUUACUCAGCCUGGAGCGGACACAGAGGCAAGGGGUGGAGGAGCUGAUCUCGGCUGCUCCGUGCCGUUUCGACCAUGCCAGCCUGUUCCGCCUGCUGCAGAAGCACACCCUCGCCCACCGCAUGAAUGACUCCUUCUCCUGCCUGGGAUGGUUCAGCCCAGGCCAGGUGUUUGUGUUGGAUGAGUAUUGUGCACGCUACGGUGUCCGGGGAUGCCAUCGCCACAUCUGCUACCUGAAAGACCUUCUGGAAUUUAUGGAGAACAAUGCCAUGGUGGACCCCACCCUGUUACACUACAGCUAUGCCUUCUGUGCCUCCCAUGUGCAUGGAAACAGGCCAGAUGGUAUGGGAACAGUGACUCUGGAGGAGAAGGAACAGUUUGAAGAGAUAAGGGGCAGAAUGAAGACUCUGCUGGAGAACCAGAUUGUUCAUUUCAGAUAUUGCUUCCCCUUUGGGCGACCUGAAGGAGCACUAAAAGCAACUUUGUCCUUGCUUGAACGAGUCCUAAUGAAGGACAUCAACACUCCUGUUCCUUCAGACGAGAUGAGGAAGCUGGUGCAGAAGUGCCUGGAGAAGGCGGCCCUCGUCAACUACUCCCAGCUGACCGAGUAUGCCCAGAUCGAAGCAACCUCACAGGCCCCCCCUGAGAAGCGUCUGGAGGACAUGAUGAGACUGGGAGAGCUUUGCAUGGACGUCCUGCUGCAGAAUGACGAGCACCACUCUGAGGGAAGAGAGGCCUUUGCCUGGUGGCCUGAGCUGAUGACGGAGCAUGCAGAGAUCUUCCUGUCCCUCUACACGGUGGACAUGGACGCAGCGCUGCAGGUGCAGCCUCACGACUCCUGGGACAGUUUCCCUCUCUUCCAGCUGCUCAACAACUUCCUGCGGACUGACCAUCACCUGUGCAAUGGCACAUUCCACAAACACUUGCAAGAGCACUUCAUCCCCAUGGUGGUGCGUUACAUCGACUUGAUGGAGUCCUCCAUCGCUCAGUCCAUCCACCGUGGGUUUGAGCAAGAGACCUGGCAGUCUGUGAAGACAAUAACCAAUAACCUACCCAGCGUGCCCUUGCCCAAAGUGCCCAACCUGCCUCUCAGCUUGCCUCAGAUGCCAAGCUUCUCCCCACCGUCCUGGAUGGGCCCGUUGUGUGAAAGCACCAAUGGCUCCUCCACUUCAGAGGAUCUGUUCUGGAAGCUGGACGCACUUCAGAUAUUCGUAAUGGACCUCCACUGGCCCGAGCCUGAGUUUGCAAAGCACCUGGAGCAGCGUCUCAAGCUGAUGGCCAGUGACAUGAUGGAGGCCUGUGUCAAGAGAACUAAAGCAGCCUUUCACUCCAAGAUGCAGAAAGCAAGCAAGUCAAUAGAUUUCCGGGUGUCUCUCUCUCUGUGCACUAUGUUCAAUGUUCUAAUGGAUGCCAAGAGGCAGUGCUCUAAGCUUUGUGUUUUCGACCAAGGCCAGGAGAUUGACCAGCAGUGGCAACAGUACCACUCCAAGAUCGACGUGCUCAUCGAUGAAGCCAUCAAAGAAAUGAUUUCCACACUGGUAUCAAAGUUUGUUGCUGUGCUGGAUGGGGUUCUCUCCAAGCUCUCCAGAUAUGACGAGGGAACACUCUUCUCCUCCAUCUUGUCUUUCACUGUCAAAGCAGCUGCCAAAUAUGUGGAUGUGCCUACACCUGGCAUGGAUCUAGUGGACACGUACAUCACAUUUGUACGGCAGAACCAGGAUAUACUGAGGGACCAUGUGAAUGAUGAAGUGUACACAGAGAAAGUGUUUGAUCAAUGGUACACCACCUCCAUGAAGGCUGUGUGUGUAUGGUUAACCGACAGACUGGACCUACAGCUGCAUGUGUACCAGCUCAAAACACUCAUCAAGAUUGUGAAGAAGUCAUAUCGGGAUUUCAGGCUUCAGGGUGUCCUAGAUGGCACACUGAACAAUAAAAGCUACGAGACUAUCUACAACCGUCUGACUGUGGAGGAGGCAACUGUCUCUGUGUCUGGCAGUGAAGGACUCCAAGGCAUCUCGAUGAGGGACAGCGAUGAAGAGGACAGCUAGAGCCCAUCUCUCAUCGGAGUGUCCUGGGAAGGAGACAGGAUUGGACUGCCCACCAGCAGACCUGUUUGUGUCUGUGUUCCACUGUACUGUUAUGUUGAAAUGGGCGGUGAACAUCCGACAGGGACUUUCUUACUCUGGAUUGCUGACAGUGAGAGACAAAUGCUGGACAAACGUAGCAGUGCAUUUAAUUGGGCACAUGGUUAAGACUGUCACCAUGCCUGUAACAUUUUGUGUCUGUAGGCUUCACUACAUGCACUGGCUUGUGCUCUUAUUGACAUGGGGGUUUUGUUCAUUGUAUGCUUGCACAAGUGGUGGUGGCAUUUAAUAUACAGUAUCUGCUGUAGGAAUUCAAAGUAUAUGUCUGUACUGCCAAUCAAUUUGGUGUUUGUUUAUGCUGUUUUGAUGUCUGCACAAUCUGGGUAAAGUCAAUCGUAAAGUGCAUAGGAGGUUUUGUAAAGUAUUUCUAUUGUCCAUUGUCCACCUGUAUUAGUUCAGGUGUAUUUAAAUGUAAUUAUUAAAGUCCUUUUAAUCUAGA